UCUUGUGCACGACUUUUUAUAUUUCAGGUCUCCCUCAACCCAGUUCAGAUUCUUAACCAAGGUGCCGAAGAGGAAAGAGCCGAAACAGCUCGUCUUGUAAGCACAGAAAACAUUUUAAUUUAUGAUUUGUCUUUCUUGUUUUAAAUUAUUCGCCAAACGUACUCAAGUUUUUCUAUGUGGCUGCUAAUUUGCUGUCCAGUGUAUAUAUAUUUGUUUUAAAUCACAAAUCUUACAAGAUUGCGUUUGAUAAUUGUUUCCUCUCGCAUGAAGCCAGAAAUCUGUCAAAUCAAAUGUGUUGGCACACCCAGCGUUUGAUGACUUACAAUCGUGUUGACUAGUGGAUGCAGUAGCACAUUGUAUACAUUUUCUUUGAUUAUUUUCAGUCGUCAUUUGUUGGUGCUAUAGCUAUUGGAGAUCUCGUCAAGAGCACUCUUGGUCCGAAAGGAAUGGUAGAGUAUACUACAUGCUUUUGCAAUCUGUGUUCUCUCAUGCUUAUAACUUGAUCAUAGAGUUAUUCUCUUCUUGUUACCACAAGUUGUAAAUUUGCUCCAUCUCAUUGUAAUGAACAAACUUUUAAACAGAGACGAACAGUUGUGACAUGCGAUCUUGUGAAAAUAUUAUCCAUAAGUGAGCGCCCUAAAGCCUGGAAAUCUUUCACUUUUGUAUUGGUUGCUUUUCCAGUUCCACUCUUUGUAUUUCGGCAUUAACCUCUAAAAAAACCCUCUCAAUUUUCAGGUUAAAAAUGUAUUACAAUAAAGGAUGUUGUUAUUUCUCUGUUGGUUGGUGUUAAUCAGUUUGGAGCUCACAAAUUAUUUGUGAGACAAUUAAUGUGACAUUUCAGCUUAAAUGGUUGGAAAGAAACACUAUGUUACGUCCUUUGUACCAUACAUGCUAUGUUUUGUGGAUUUUGCUAGUUAUUCUUGGCUUUAAUUGUGUUUGAUUUACUUCUCAGGACAAAAUUCUACAGUCGUUUAGCAAGGCUGAAGAAAUUCAGGUUACAAAUGAUGGAGCAACAAUCCUAAAAUCCAUUGGAGUUGAUAAUCCAGCUGCAAAAAUUCUUGUGGGUAAGUGAGGUAGUUCUAUAAUAAACUUAUUCAAGAAGGUUGUAGCUUUAAAAAUUUAUAUGAUAUCAUAAGACAGAAACAACUGUCUGACCCCUUGCAUGGCAAACACUCAAUUGGGCAUAAUAGCGGAGCUCGCAGAGCAUAGCCCCAUAAUUAUACAAAAUAGUAGUAACCCAUCAAGCCAAAAAGAUUCGGAUGUACAACCAUACGACCGUAAGACCUUACAACUGCACAAGAUGCUACUUUUAACAUGUGUGGUCAACUGUACCAUGGGCACGCUAAUGCCACAGCUUUGUUCAGUAGUUCAGUGGUCAGUGCACUGGGCUCCAAGUUGGACGACCCGGGUUCUAGUCCUGGCCGGGGCAAGGUGUUGUGUCCUUGAGAUGUGUGGGAAAAAAAAUGCGAGCUCUGCUUUUAGGUUUGGCUAAAUCUAUAUAUUACUGAAUUUGAAUAUAAAGAGUGGCUCAUCUGUUCAGAGAAGACAAGUGACCUGACCCAAACCCACAACUAAGGAGGAAUGAGGGGUUCUACUAUUGCCAGAUGAUAGAAUACCUUUCCACAGCAUUGCAAUCCAGACAGUGUACUUUUUGCAAGUAGUCUUUCUUGUUUCCUUUGUUCUCCAUUUAAUUAGAGUUAUCAAAAGUUCAAGACAAUGAAGUUGGGGAUGGCACAACAAGUGUGACAGUACUAGCUUGUGAAUUGCUGCGGGUAUGGUGUGCAAGUAUUAAAUGUUAUAAGUAACUGAGGUCUUGAAUCAGAUAAGGUGAUCUAAAUUAAAAUAAUUGUGAACAGAGACAACAUUAUGCCCUGUUAGAUUGACUCUUGUCAUUACAUUGUAACAAAGAUGGUAUGAAUGACCAACUAUCUUACAAACAAGUUUAUGAGCACUGCCCUUAUAGAUUGAAGUUUUAGAAUUACUAUUCUUUGUUUCCAACAAAUAUAUGUUUUGAUAUAUUUGAUUAGAAAAAUACAAAAACAACAAUAGUAAUGAUGACAAAGACUAUUCAGUUUUCUUCUCACAUUGGUGUCACUGAAAUGUAAAUUUUGCAACAUUGUACUAAUAUUUGGCCUGUGUUCUAUAUCAGGAGGCUGAAAAACUUGUGUCAUGUAAAGUACAUCCCCAGAUUAUUGUGUCUGGUUGGCGGAAAGCUGUACAAGUUGCUCAGAAGGCCUUGGAGGCUGCAGCUGUUGAUCACAGCAGUGAUGAGCAAAAAUUUAAAGAGGACUUGAUGAAUAUUGCAAGAACAACACUUAGCUCAAAAAUUUUGGUGCAACAUCGAGAUCAUUUUGCAACUCUUGCUGUUGAGGCAGUGUUAAGACUUAAGGUAAAAUCAAUUCUACAGAUAUGUCGCAAUGAAUUCAUAGAUGUAGCUGGUACUUCCAAUUUUGAUUAAGGCAUUUUUGUCAUUGAUUGGGUCAUCACUUUAACAUGAAGUUGUAAGUAUAUCUGUGUGAAAUGAAAACUCUGUGUAAACUUCAAUCAAAUUGAAUGGUUAGGAUUAACCCUUAACUCCCAUGGGUGACCAAGACAGAUUUUCUCCUUACAAUAACAAUACAAUCUCAAUCAAACAGGUGAGGAGAAUAAAGAAAAAUUUAAAAUUUUGAGGAUUUCUAGUUGAUCCAGUACCAAAUUCUCAGGACUAGCAUCAUAAGAAUUGCAUGGCACACAGUAAGGAGUAUUACUAAUGAGAUCUUGGGUGUUAAUGGGUUAAGAGUUCCAAAUGGUAGGAAGUUAAAAAGCUGGCAAUGACCAGUCAACCAAUCAGAUGCCUUAAUGGUUUUUGCCAGGGGAUACCAGAUUGUAGGGAUGCCAGAUUGUAACAGUUGUUACGUGUCAUGUUUCAUAAUUUAUACUAGUAAAGUAUAUUGAGUGACAAGCAUAGUUAACUUGUACUGGGACUGUAGUAAAUUGGUUGGUCAUGAUAAGAUAAUUGUUAAUGAUUUGUCUAGGAUUUCUUGUCAGUGUUCAUUGAUUAGUGAUAAAAUUUGAAACAUAUGGUUUGAUGUAGACAGAAGUCUGGUUUUUCUCUAAAUUUCAGGGCAGUGGAAACUUGGAUGCCAUUCAGAUCAUCAAAAAACUUGGUGGAAACCUGGUUGACUCAUACUUGGAUGAAGGUAUGUAGUAGUCAAUAGCAUGCCAAUCUUGAUAAGUGAUGAUAAUUUUUUGAAUGAAUCAAAGGUUUUUGAAAAUAAAAAUUCACGCUUUUUACUAUCAUAACAGGAUUUUUGCUUGACAAGAAGAUUGGUGUAAAUCAACCAAAAAGAAUAGAAAAUGCAAAGAUCCUCAUUGCAAACACUUCAAUGGAUGCAGAUAAAAUCAAGGUGAGUUAUGGAACAAUGUAUGCUCGAUGACCUUUUAUAGAGAGGUUUUUCUUUGGUUGGGCCAAUCUCUUAUGUGAAUAUUAUAGUUUCUAGAUGCAUAGACUAACUUUUAGUUGUCUUUCAAAAGGUAUUUGGUUCCCGAGUGAGGGUAGAAUCAACUGCAAAGCUAGAAGAACUAGAGCUUGCAGAAAAGGUUAGUUUUUUCGUUUGGUGGUUCAGUUUUAGCAUGGAAGACUUACGUAGUCUUUCUGUGUGCUAUGUACUCUCUUUUUUCAAAGUUUAUUACAUUUUGUCAAAAUAUUUAUAAAAAUAAAUUUAAUUGGGAAUUGAUUAGUUGUCAUGUUGCAAUUUUCUCCUCAGCAUAAGAUGAAAGAAAAAGUGGACAUGAUUCUUAAGCACGAUAUUUCUUGUUUUAUUAAUAGGUGAGUGUUGAAGUUUUUGCAUGCAUGGGUAUACACAUGUACAAAAUUACAUGUAUGGGUGGUUUUUUUUUUUUGGAUCGUUAAUUCAAGUAAAAUGCAAAACUGUUACUAACAGUUGAUAAGUGGUAUGGGAGAUGAACUUACUGAGUUUUCUUUUUCUUAGACAACUUAUCUAUAACUAUCCAGAGCAGUUAUUUGCUGAUGCUGGUGUCAUGGCAAUUGAACAUGCUGAUUUUGAAGGUGUUGAGAGAUUAGCUUUGGUAUUAGGUAGGUAAACCUUAAUAAUUUUCUUCAUUAAACUUAUACUGCUUCACUUGUGCUGUACCUGAAAACUGUAGAGGUCAAUUCAUAAAUUGUUGAUAAAAUUCAAUCAGCUAUUUAUAUUUUUAGGUGGAGAAAUUGUAUCAACAUUUGGCCGUCCAGAGCUUGUGAAACUUGGGGAAUGUAAAGUGAUUGAAGAGGUUAUGAUCGGUGAAGACCAGGUAAGAUUUCACUGUUUGGUUUUUAGUUGGAAGGAUUCACUUUUUACUGCAGUCUUCUGAAAUAUAUCAAGUGAUGUUGAUCAUUUACUUCUGGAAAAAAUAAGGCAAAUGGAUGUCACCCAUGAUGCCAGAACUAAAUGGACCAUUAGCACUCACUACAAAUAAUUAACCCGUAGCAUAUAUUGAGUAAUCCACUAACUGUUGUGAUACAUCUUGCCUUUAAACUCACCAACUUGCUCAUCAAACUAACUACUGUACAUUUGACUAUGAAAAACACAUUUUUACUCAACCACUCAUUUGAUUCCUUUGGGUUUUUUUAUAACUAUUUUUGCCAGCUAGUAAAAGAACCUUCUUUAGGUUCCUCUGUACCCAACCAAUUAAAAUGAACCUCUCUGUAGUUGGAGAAAUGAGUAUGUCAAUCAAGGCUGACAAAAGGUGGACUCUACAGUUAGUAGUUUUGUUCAGGAAAAAAAAAAGGAAGAAGAUGAUUAGCAUUAUGCCUGAGAUCUGUUCUCUCUACUAAAUUAUUUUGAUAUUGUAUGUUUAUUGUAGUUGCUUCAUUUUUCUGGCUGUAAGCUUAAUGAGGCCUGCACCAUAGUAAUCAGAGGUGCCACACAGCAGAUCCUGGAUGAAGCAGAUCGGUCACUUCAUGAUGCACUGUGUGUUCUCACUCAAACUGUCAAGGAAACAAGAACAGUGUGUGGAGGAGGUAGGAUUAGUCAAGUCCUACAUCUUCAGUGGAAGCUCUUUGUUACAAUGGCUUCUUACCAGUGUAAACUAGUCAGUCCCAUCAAUGUUAAUUUAUAAUUGUAAUAGGACCCAGUGGAGUAUAAUUUAUGAUUACAGACAGAAUUGGACGACAUGAAGUCCUGUUACCAAUUAAUCAAAACUAUGACAAAAUUUGAGGAAGAAACUAGACACCAGUUUCAUAAAACAACAGUUAACUCGGCAAAAUGUGAGACAAUAGUGCGCACACAUGACACGUUCUGUCCACUUACACAAGCAUGACGUGUUAAUUGUCCCUUUAACUGUCAUUUUACACGGUCCAAUUACAAGCAUGAUGCCUACACUGUCUUAUUGGUGCAGAAAUUGGGCUGAUGAACAAUCACGUUCAAGAAUUUUGUUAUAGUUUUGAUUGUAUUAAUAAUAGCAACAUCUUGAAAUGCUGAAAAUAGAGAUGGUUACCCUUCACUGUUUUUGCUUAUGGUAAUGGUUGUGUUUCUUAGCAGAGCUAACUUGUAAAUGUCCAUCUUGGUUUGUGUAUCUUGAAAAAUACUAGCCAUAUAUUCAGUCUUUACAAUUAAUUGUUGACCCCUCUCCUGCCUGACCUGUUAGGUGCCUCAGAAAUGUUGAUGGCCAAUGCAGUUUCACAGCUUGCUGCAAAGACUCCUGGUAAAGAAGCUGCGGCUAUGGAAGCUUUUGCAGCUGCAUUGAGACAGGUACAUUAGAUAUACUUGAGUAUAGGUUAAUAAAAACUGUACAAGCUGCAAAAUAAUUCAAAAUAUACACACUCCACAAUGAAGUCUAUUCAAGGUACUCAGGUAGAAAGGGGUGCAAGUAAGGGAAUUACGUGGGGGUGGGGGGAACAAAGGGACGCUUCUGUUCUAUAGACUGUUAGGGUGUCACAUAGAAUUAUUAAUUACUUUCUUGAAAACAAAAAGCGAUCCGAGAUCCAACAAGAUUCAAUGGUGCUAUUUAGUGCUAUGGAUGAAAGCAUGCCAGCAAUUAUGUUAAAGAAUGGCGAAGCAAUCACUAGUGUCUUGUCAUCAAAGCGCUUCAAAAAGCAAUGUAUGACCGUUAUAAAAGUGAUAUAGAUGUCAUUGUUAUCAAAUUGGUCAUUUUACAUUACCUCGGUAGGUGUAGUCGCCCUGUAAUAUCACAUCUAAUUACAUUAAUGUAAUGGGCAAUGUGAUCUUUACAUUAAGUGAUUUGUAGAAUCAAGAUGUAUUGUUCUGUUUAACAUAUUAGCUGCCCACCGUGAUAGCUGACAAUGCAGGCUAUGACAGUGCUGAUUUGGUGGCAAAACUUCGAGCAGCUCACACAGAAGGAAAGAAAACCUAUGGUUUGGGUAAGUAUUACUUGCUUCUCUUGAAACGCUCGAUAAUACUUGUAUUUUUCCUCUCAGUAUUGCAAUCUCCAUAUAUGUCAAGUGCCUUAUUUUUGUUCAAGUUCCCUUAUCCACCUAUGGUGGGCCAGUCAUUGAACUCCCUUCAGUAAUAUUUACUCUUUCCCCUUUGUAGUUGGACUCAACUGACUGAUUGGUAACCUGAAGAUUCAAGUUCCUACUAAUUUAGCUAUAGAGAUGGAAGGGUUUUUUUCUUCUAAGCAUGAUAGUGAUGACUGAAAAUAUUAUUGUAGAAUUAGGAUGUUUGAAAUAACAGAUAUCGCCUUAAUGUAUGUUUGGUGCCUUAAUAAGUUAAAAAAAACACCGCGGAUUGCGGAAUAAUCAUGUUGCGAACGUAACCUUAGCUUCGUCAUUUGAAAAUGACAAACAACAACCAGUAAUUUCAUUAACUCAUACUUAAACUGGGAUGCAUUUCAUCUCGAGUGGAGCAGAAUUGUUGAAGAACGAAAGAACAGAGUUUAAGAAACUUACUUUUAUUGUGUUCAGACAUGACUCAGGGCAGUAUUGGGGACAUGGCUGAGAUGGGUAUCACUGAGUCCUACCAGGUCAAGAAACAAGUCCUGGCGUCAGCAGCAGAAGCAGCCGAAAUGAUUGUUAGGGUUGACAACAUCGUCAAAGCCGCUCCACGGUAA